ACUCGCUGUGUGCGCGUGUGUGCGUGUGUAUUCGUAUGCGCGCGUGUGGAUCUGGUCGGGCCGCGGGAUUUAAUUGUGUGGGUGAUUCUAUGGAGUAUCUGCAGUUGAUGGAUUUAUGGCGUCGAGAAUCACGUUGCUGUGUUGUCUGCUAACGGUAGCGUCGUCGAGUUCCUGCGACAAAGAGGGCCAGUGCAUCCAGAGGGGCAUCAACUUCACUCGCCUGUCUGGUGCAAAACUGGUAGCGGUGAAGGGUGAGCCCCUCCUGCUGGACUGCUCUGUGUCGGUGCUGCCGGAGCUGGCUCCGUACAACAUCACCUGGAAUCACAAUGGAAGGCCGUUGGACUGGAGCACCACAGAGCACAUGGUUCUGUCGAAUGGCUCCCUUUUCAUCGACCAGUUUGCCUACCAGAAGAAGAAGAAUGGCCGCAGGGACGAUGGCACAUACACUUGCAUGGUGCAUACAAAGGCUGGCACCAUGUUCAGUCGCCCAGUUCAAGUGGAACUAGCACGAAUGCCCAAAGGCUUCACCGAGGAGCCACAACCAUUGAGUGUUUCUGCUGGGAGUAUCGCAAGGUUCGCGUGCCACACCAUGGCUGUGCCAGCUGCGCUCUACAAUUGGCAGCGCAACUUGGAGGAUGUGCCACCUGACGAACGAUUCACGCAACUUUCUUCAGGGGCCCUGCAGAUUGUUAACGUUACCGCUGCCGAUGCUGGGAACUAUCGCUGCAUUGCCAGAAAUGCUGCAAAGACUCAGUACAGCGCAGAGGCUUCAUUGACAGUGUUACAGUCAGCUCGUCAUGGAGGAGCCCCUGAUCAGCCACCAGAGUUCCUAAACCCAUCUUCUCAGGAGCUGACACUUGUAACGGGAGACACAGUCGAGCUUGAAUGCUUUGCUAGGUCAUCACAGCACACUUUUGUCACAUGGAUCCGGCAAGGGGGAGCACUUUUGCCUGAAGGCCGCAGCACUUAUUUCGGUCGAGGUAAUCUGCGGAUUACCAACCUGACUCAAAGCGACGCUGGCACCUACAAAUGCCUUAUCAGCACAUCACUAACUACAGCUACCGAGACACUUUCAUUAGCAUCUCAGUCACACACACUGAUCAUUUACGCGCCCCCAACCUUUGCAUCAGACAUGAUAAGUCGAGUUCGCCCCGCUGCUCGCACAGUUCGAUUCGAUUGCGAUGCCCAGGGAUUUCCUGCACCUGAAGUACGCUGGUUCAAAGAUGGCCAGCCCCUAGUCAUCAAUGGUCGCAUUAAGGUGAUGCGGUCAGAGGACAUCAAGUACCUGCGGAAGGUACGACGCCACUUGGUUGAAGAGAGUGGCAGCGGCCCACAGCACCAGCGGCGCCCCGCAAGCAACGUGCUUGUCAUCUCUCACCCAGUCAAGCGGGAUGCAGGCUUCUACCAGUGUCUGGCAACCAACGUAGCUGGCCUGAAUACCCUUGCUGCUCGACUGGUGUUGAAUGCCUCAGGGGACCAGCCCAGUCCUCCAACUGGUCUGAAGGCUGUAACAAAUUCAAGCACAGCCAUUCUGCUUUCCUGGAAUCCCUCUGCCAUAUCACCGGGACAGAUAAUCCAGGCCUACUCAAUCCACUACCUCCCCACAGCAGGUGGCAAUGAGCUUCAGAAGGUCUCUGUAAACACAGCACUCCUCAUUGAAAAGCUGAUGCCUUUCACCAACUACACCUUCUAUGUACGAGCCUACAGCGGAAAAAGUGCCAGUGAGCAGUCGGAGAAAGUCACCCAAAUCACCGGAGAAGACGUGCCACUUGGUGCCCCAUCUGUGACUGUAACCAGCCUUACGCCAACAACCAUGCACAUCUCAUGGAGCGAGCUCUCGCCAACAGUGGCCAGAGGCAAUAUUGCACUCUACCGCAUCCACUACCGCCUGCAUGGGCAGAAUUACAACAAUGUUUUGGUCGUCAAGGGAACCGUCCGCGAAUACACCAUCACUGGUCUGGAACCGACCAAGGAAUACGAUGUUAGAGUUAUGGCUGGAACAGCCGAGGGCUUUCCAGCUCUUUCAGAUGAAGCUUGGCCCUGGGUCACAUACCGCAUGCCUCACAAGUCCUCCUCAACCAUGCCAUUGCCUCCAGUUCUGUACCUGAUUGUCAUCAACGCCACUACCGUGGAGGCCCGGUGGUCUGUGUCCCCGGAGGAAAAGAACCCAGUGUUGGGCUUCAAGCUACGCUUUCGAGAACAAGGCAGCCACUUUCCAGACCCCAUUGUCCUGCCCAACACAACCUACUCCUAUGUAGUCUACAACUUGAAACCUCAGACCUGGUACGAGGUGCACGUGUCUUGCUUCGGCCAUCUUGUGGAUGGCCAAGAAACUGUGCAGACAAUCCUGACCCAUCCUGAAAACCUCACAGUAGAGGGUGAUGUCGACCCACCUGGUGGCUUGGAAGCAGAGCCAACAUCACCACGUUCUAUUCACCUGUCCUGGAAGCCGCCUAACUCCAUUCACAACAUCACCUACUACACCGUUCGCUACAGUGCCGUUCAUCCCAAAAACCACAUGAACUCUUCUGUGGUGCAUUAUGUUCGAAGCACGACACCGGAGGUGGUUGUGAAGGACCUGCUGCCAUACACGCUGUAUGGCUUUGCUGUAAGAUCCCACGAGUCUGACAACCGUCCUGGCCACUUCAGUCAGCUCAUUGAAUGCAGGACAAGCGAAGACAAACCUACUGUGCCCCGGGACAUCACUUGGGCGCCUGUUGACCUUGGCUCCAUCCGACUAAACUGGCUGGCUCCCGAGUUCCCCAAUGGUGUGAUUCAGGCCUACCACAUCUUCUACAAUGCCAGUGUAGUUGACAUAACACAGGUUGACAAGUGGAAAACGAAGAAAGAACCAGGAACGCACCUAACAUCUAUAGUGAAUGGAUUGUCCAUCAACAAGGUGUACUCGUUGCGCAUGCGAGCCGAGACCGCAGCUGGCCUUGGUCCCCUGACUCAAGUCAUCAAGUUUGUCAUCAGUGUGCCAUCACGCAGUACCAUCUCUCCUCACCUUCAAGCUGCAGGCCAGGAAGCGAAUGACCCGUCUCUAGGAAUCUUGCUGGGCGUACUGGCUGGUCUGUUGUGCAUGGCUGCAUGUGCGGUCAUCAUUCUCUACAAGAACAGCAAAUGUGGCUGUACUGGCAGCAGCACAGAUCAGCACGGACCUUCCAGCGACAGGUCGUGCUUUGCAGCAUUUUUUGGUCAGUGCAAGAUGCCAGCGCCAGCACGAGAGCUUGAAGUGCUUUCAGUUACUUCUCCCGGUCCUGGAAACCAUCUUGACACAAAGGGAGGCUACCCAGCAACACAGUGUAAUGGCAAGACAAACGGGCAUGCCAGAGGGAAGCAACCAAAUGGCACAGCGCUGAAUGGACAUGUAGGCAAUGGCAGUGUUGUUUGCUUUAUGAAAUCUUCAGGCAUGCAGCAAAAGCAGAAGACCAGCAAUGACCCGGAGUCUCGGCUUCCGCUGCCUCGCAGCCAGCAUCGAUACAAUGCUCACGACUGCUCCGUACAAGAAGACGGGGGCGCGUGGGACCCAGAUGCCGUGCCGGCACCUACGCCGCUCCUUGCAGAUGACUCCGCCACAAGUGGAACGUGGAAAGCCACUGGCGACUUGACAACCACCGAGGACGGCAUGCCCGACGUGACAGCCGGCACAGCCGACGACCGGGGUGCCUCAUUGCAUCUCUUGCGCAGUGAACCUUCAGAACAGACAGCCUGUGUAAUAUUGCAUGGCUUGGAGGAGACCAAAAACCUUGUGGGACCUACCUAGUAGAACUUGUGGGGUACUACCUACAGGGGAAAACAAAAAACAAAAAGAGAUGUACAAAGCUCAGCGCCCCUGUGCAGGUUCCUUGCCGACAGUGUUGUGUGCGGGCCAUAUGUCUCUCGAAAAGUCACUGAAAUCGGAGUGAGCCAACAACUAUGGAAAAAAAAAAAAAUGAAAGAACAGCAGAUAGGCAUCAAAAUGACAUUGGAGCUUGUGUGUUUAAGAAGAAGCUCUGUGCCUUGUGAGUGUACAUUGUAAAAAAAACAUGUAAUCUUUUAUUUCCGUCACUUUUUCAAACAGCCUCGAUGUGUGGGCCCAUUGGCCAGCAGAUGCUAGUCAGGAGUGUAUGCCCAACUUGGCUGUUGUCCAAGAACCACAUGGCACAUGAUAGCACAACAUUGUGUGCAAGGAACCUUGGUCUGUAGCUAGGUCGUUGGCUUGACUUUCAUGAUGUCCAGUGACUGGCAAACACCCUUGCAGUGGCUUGAGUCAAAGCACCUUUGCUGUUUGACACAUCAUGGCAAGGCACUAUAGUAUUGCUCGUUACGAGCAUAUAUUACCGAUGGCAGUACAAAGGUGACCAAAAGGAGUAUUGGCAGUGAUGAUGCUGAUGGCAACUUAGUUAAACAUUUCUUGCUAUUGGCACGAGUAACUUAUUUGUCUGUUCUUAGUGAUGUCUAUACUUGUCCACAAGGUCACAAGGUAUAAUUGAAAACAAAAUUUAACCCAGCUUUCAGUUGCCUGCUUAUCCAUGCUAGAGCACAAAUGUUUUGAGUGAAGUGCUCUGUGGGGAAAAGGAACUGAAGCUUUUUGUUUGUGUGUUUCUUCCACUAUUUUGUAAAAAGAAAAAAAAUGUGUAUUUGUUAGAAGUUGUGAAAAGAAAUGCCUUAUAGCAUCUUCAUUGUCAACAGCUUACCUGGUCGCAGCUUGCCUGGUGACCGCAGUGGAAAUUCUGACUCGUUGACAAACUUGGAUAGCUUCCACGCCGCUGGUGGCAUGGUGAGAAGGAAGUCGCAGUAAAGCAGCAUUAUGUUCGAAACUGGGAGAAGUUGCACAGGGGGACACGGGGAAUCUCAUCUUUCGGUAUAUUCCGCGCUCAGGUUACUCAGUUCAGAAUCAUUACACACAUGCCCAGUGGGGGAAAAAAAAAAGAAAGAAAAGAAGAAAAAAAGCACCAGUGUCAACCAGAAAUAGGAAACAGUGCUAUGAGAAAGAAAACAGAAACCUCUGGACACACAAAGCAACAAAAGAAACGGGUAUUUUUUUGUUUACUGUUUCCAUUUUUUACACACAUAUAUAUUUAUACAAAGGCUUCAUGCCAUUUCCAGUGUGUCCUAAUGAAUGGCAGGCAGAACGCUGAUGGUGCUGUUUUCUUUCAGCUCUCUUGCUCUUCAUUGCUGAAUUGGCACUUUAGUGACAGGGGAGUUGGUUGAAAAAUAUUCUGCAGACAAAAGCGCGUCAUUGCCAAAUUCGUGCCUGACACAGAAACAUACGGGCUAACACCUCUCAGGGCACUAACACCACUUUCAUGUUUUGUAACGACACCAGCGGACUGCCCCUCCAGUCGUGCACCAUAAUACAUUGCAAGCAACAGUUGGGACUUCGUGUACAGUGCUAGGGCUGCUGUCUCCAUCGAUCACUUUUUGGCGGUGUACUUUCAUGUAACUUGUCACCUUGGUGUAGCAACAGGUACCUACCGGUGUUGGCUAAAAGCACUCCAAUGACACGGUGAAGAAAUAAUGCUUGAAGUGAACGUUAAUACCUUCUAAGUUGCUCUUGGUAACAUCUACUUCCAUGAAUAGAACCAGUUGACAUGCAAUCGAAGUGAUAGCUCUGAACCAGAAGCACCCAAAUUAGACCGUAUCGAUUCACCACUUUCAGUGGCACGUUCACUCUUCAAUGGCAUUUACUCGUACAUUGAUGUAACAUGUAGCGUGAUGUCAUGCUUGAGCGACAGGCAUCCUGUCAAUGCACUUAAGUGCCGUGCAUCUUGAGAAAAAAAGAAAAAACUAUUUUGUCACAUGCACUUCUGUUGGCUCAGCUGAUCAAGACCCAUGAAAAGUUAUCUCCGAAUGUGAUCGAUCGGUAGCACGGCCCCAGCUCAUGCAAGACUUGCACAGUUGCCAUUUUCCUUUCCCUUUUUUAGUUCAAUUCCUUAAGUUCUCACCCACGAUCUAUAGCUAGCUGCAUGCAAUUAGAUGCGAGGACAAGAAGCUCAGAAUCUCACUAGAGAGAUGGCUUUUUGAGCACAAGAAAAGCAAGCAUCUGCUUGUAGGCUUUCCUUCUUUUUUGUCCUGCUUUUUGCAAAGCAUUUAAGUCUUGAGAGAGAGAGAGAGAGAUCUGAGGGAAACGACACUCCUCUUGGCACACGCACAUUCACACAGACAACCCAAAGUGCAAAAAAAAUAUAUAUAUGUGUGCACACAUACAUAAAAGCACGUGUUCAGCGGUACAAAGAGCUGCCCCCCCUCUCUCACCUCUCCACCCCUCGCAAAGGGACUCGUACGAACGGAGUCCCUCCUAAGGUACAAAGUACUGCAUUGCCCCAGUACGCCAAAGACAUGGCUACCCGUCAUUUGCUACCCACAUCGCAGCCAACUGGCAGCCUGUGGUACUUCCUGUUUCGUUCCAUAACCGUAGCACGUUAUGUUCAAAAAGAAAGAUAGUAUAUAUUUCGCAUGGGCAUGUAUUUUGAAGAAAUUUUAAAUGUGAGGUCUCCUUAGGGCAUGCAGUGGGCCUUAGCAUUCACUGUGCACCACAGCUGCUCAGCUGUAGACGCUUUCAAAUUGCUGUGGCAGCACUCUAGAACGGGGUGCAAUUUUAAAGAAAAUCUUUACUUAGAGUGCUAAAACUACAGCAUACAUCAUAAAGCAGCACCAGGUAGAUGAGAUUAGUCUGGUGCCUUCCACAAUGUUUUAUCACCUGGGCUAUGAUUUAAGACUGAAAACAGAGUCAAUGUACAUUUGUAAAAGUCUGCAGAGCAGUUCAGAAAAUUGCAAGGUAAUACAGGCCAAGUGCUUCAAGACAGUUAGCUUUGCUGUUGAAUUUUACUCUUAUAAAGUUUGGGAAGAAAUCUUAACGAAUGUUUAAAAAGCACUUUGGAUUUUGAAAUAGAAAAGAGGAAAAUGCUCUAAUGAGGCUUCACUUUGUCACCAUAGAGGCAUACUUGUGUUCACAGCGACGAAAAGCUUUCAAUUCCUUUUUUUUUUUUUUUUUGCUUCAACACAUGUAAGUAAAACAGAGAAGAAAAAAAAAAAGGGGGUCAUAGGCAUGCAACGACAGUGUAUAUAAUUACAAUGUGUACCUUUUCACAAUGCUCAAGACAGCUCCCACCAUCAUGUCAUGCACGCCCGCAUCUCAUAUUCAUGGUAUCACUAGUAAGCCGCUGAUGUACAGUUGUCCUCGUCAUCACACAUGUAAGGUGCCAACUGCAUUGCUUCUCACAUAGCAAAAGAGACACGUACGUGUGUAAUCAUUUGAAAAGGUGAAAAAAAAAAUGUGUUCCCUUCCCCAUUCUUCAAAGGCGUGUUAGCCAGUGUUUCUGUGUGUUAACUGCUGCUUGCAGACAGUAAACAAUGACGGAGGUUUGGAAGAGCAAAAGAGAAAAGGAUCUGCUUAAAGGACCCCUCACCAGGCCGCAUACCAAAUUUUGAUUAUAUGUUAGAAGUUGAUACAUGCCCUCUUGGGAGCAUGCUACCAGCAAGAAUUUUUUUAAUUGGUUCAUUAAUAG